UAUUGAACAUCAUGGGCCUGGGCCUCUUGGACUCAUUCUUCCCUUUUAGUUUAAUGAAGACCUUUCAGUAAAAAGAAAAAAAAAAAAAACUUUGGAGUCAAGUCAACGGUCGUUACAAGUAGAUAACCGAUAGUAUCUUCGUCUCUGUUCUUGGCCUUUUGUUUACACAAACGGUAAGACUCACGUCGGAGACUUAAAGCAAACUGUAGUCAAUCAAGGUUAUGGAGCGUGAUGACGGCAAAGAAGUAGCUUUCAAGUUGUCAGAAAAUUGUGUUCUCAAGAUCGUUAAAGGCGACAUCACCGAGUGGUCCGUAGAUGGCUCAUCCGAUGCUAUUAAAGUUUGUUUACUUCAGGUUAAUCCGGCUAAUGAGCGUAUGCUAGGUGGUAAUGGUGCAGAUGGAGCCAUUCAUGAUGCUGCUGGGCCACAGCUAAGAGCAGCAUGUUAUGAAGUCCCAGAAGUUCUUCCUGGAGUCCGUUGUCCCACUGGAGAAGCAAGAAUCACACCAGGUUUCAACUUACCUGCUUCUCAUGUGGUUCACACGGUUGGACCAGUUUAUAAUGCCGAGAAGAAUCCUAAGAAACUCUUAGAAAAUGCCUACAGGAACAGUCUGAGAGUGGCUAAGGAGAACAACAUCCAGUACAUUGCAUUUACUGCGAUAUCUUGUGGUAUUUUCAGGUAUCCUUUGGAUGAAGCUGCUUCUAUAGCUAUCUCCACGGUUAAGGAGUUCGGUAAAGAUUUUAAAGAGGUACAUUUCGUUAUGUUCAGCGAUGAUACAUACACAACGUGGGUGAACAAGGCAAAAGAGUUGCCACCUUCGCCACAAGACCGAAGCUCAUCAUCCCACUCGACGAGGACAAUCAAACCUGGAUUCUUCACUAAACUCAACUGUUUUAGGUAGUUUUAUGGCAUUCCCGCCAAACAUAGACAUUGUCGCUCAUCUCAUCACGUAGUAAACUUGUAUUCGUACGUAUAUCACACUUUAAACGCAAAGCUUUUGAGAAGAAAAGAAAAAGUGUACGAAUCCUUCUUUCA